AGUUUUAAGUUCUAGGCAGGGAAUGGACAAGAAAAUAUCACUUUUUCCCACCAGUGGGCCGUUGCACUAGUCCUAUCUUAGAUUCCUAAGGUAUGAGAGGGAAAGACGAAAUAUGAUAGAAUAAAAAGCCGGACCCAUCCUAAACUAAAAAGCAACAGGACCUUUUAAAGAAUUCUGUGAUGUAGGUAAGCUCUAAUUUCUAAGAGAACGAAAGAUUUUAAAAGACUUGAAAAAGAAAACACACUUAGCUAGAUACCAAAAAGGGAGGGAGGGUACGGGGUCUACCAACAAUCACGAUAAGCUGCACCUAAACACUUAAAUACCCUCAUCAGAGCCAAGGGACCAACAACUCUGUGUAGAAACCCAAAAUACAGAACUCCUACUGCCCUUUAUCCCAAAUGCGUCAAAAAGGGGCACACAAGGACCAACGACCAGAAUGAAAACAUGGUAAUUGACAUCAACAGGGGAAAAGGCAAUUAGAAACCCUAGUAAAUCAAAUUCUACAACAUCCGUCGUGAAAUUAACUCUGAUAAAAUUUAAUUUUUCCGCAUUCAAUUUCUUUAUCGGUUUUCUUAUUAUUUUAUCUAAACUGCCCUGGUAGUGGUUCAAAAUAUCAAGAACCGUAUCCUUGUUAAAAUUCAAAUAAAUUUCACUACACUAUCAAGUCUUUAAAAAAAUUAUAUGAGCUUGUUGAUGCAUUUUGCUAUUGUUUUCCAAUCUGAAUAAAAACUCUAAUAUUGCCUACUCAGUGAUAUCUCAAUUUUAUUAUAGAAAUUAUAGAGCGAAAUGAGUAUACUCGUCCAAACUGGAUUCUGGAAGCACGAAAUGAGGAGCUUGCUCUAGGAGUGCACCCCCUGACGAUCAGUCACCGCUUCUGUAGGAUUGUUUGUACUCAAUCACUCAAUCGUCUUUCACGAAUUCGAGGCUUUAAUGUUGCAAACACAAACAAGUCCUGUUUAUAGAAAUGGCGGCUGACAGUACGUUGCUUUGGUGUUUCAUAGCUGGGAUUUUGUCAUUUUACUUUCUUUUUCUAUGGUUGGGUAGAAAUUCUAAAAGGAAGAGAGAACGAGCAGUGUCAAGAAAGCUUGUUCUUGAAGCUACAAAUAGAAGGCUUGACUGUACGAAACAAUCAAAUGACGAUGAAAGUAAUAGCUAUGGUAAUUCACAACAAAACGCGGGGAGUAAUGAAAGUCUAUCAGAACACAAGACAACAUUAAAUGACCUUCGUAGACGCCCAAAUGAUGUAAAUAAUCUUUCUGAGAAGAAUGAUAGACAAACUCCUAUCGGAACGAAAAGUUUAAACAAGAUUCCAGCAGCCAGACUGGAAAAAAAUUCACCAUUAACAUUGAAUAAUGAACUAGAAAGAGACACUUCACAGCCUAUUUGUCAACCUUUGAAAGGAGUCAGCGAGGUUUAUGGUUGGAUGCCUGGCUUUGAUCAUUUCAAUGUUGCAAAUUUACCCCUUAGAAUAACUAAAAGAGAUUCAGUUAGAAGGCCUAAAACUCUUGUUUGUCAUGAUAUGAGAGGAGGCUAUACUGAAGACAGAUAUGUUCAAGGUUUUAACUCAACAGCUUGCUACAGUAUAUCUCAGUGGAAUUUUAUUGACACAUUUGUAUACUUCAGUCACAAUCUUGUUACAAUCCCACCACCAUGUUGGACAAACUGCUGUCACCAGCAUGGAGUUAAAGUUCUAGGCACAUUUAUAACUGAAUGGGAUGAUGGUGCCAAACAUUGUGCAAAUAUUCUGGAAAGUAAAGCUUCCUAUACAAGAUUUGCAAACCAGUUAGUUGGUAUAGCAUGCUAUUACCAGUUUGACGGUUGGCUUGUUAACAUAGAGAACCAAAUUCAAGCCAGUCAAGUGGAGAAUUUAAUUGGUUUUCUUGACAUACUGACGAAAAGAAUGCAUGCAUCUAAUCCAUCCAGUCAGGUUAUUUGGUAUGACAGUGUGACAGUCCAGGGGGAGUUGAAAUGGCAAGAUGAGCUGAAUGCUAACAACAGCAAGUUUUUUGAUGUUUGCGAUGGAAUCUUCCUGAAUUAUACCUGGUCAGUACACCAUUUGUCAAGGUCGUCGAUUAUAGCUGGAAGUGACAGAAAUUUCGAUGUAUAUGUUGGUGUUGACUGCUUUGGUCGUGGUUGUUUUGGUGGAGGUGGCUGGAACACGUACAAGGCAUUGCAAGUUAUCCGUGAACAUAAUCUUUCUGCUGCAAUAUUUGCGCCGGGAUGGGUGCUGGAAACCCAAGGAGAGGACAACUUUACAAGCAAUCAAAGCAGAUUCUGGCGUUUGAUUGCACCCUAUCUUUACCCACAUUUUCCCGUUAAGUUACCAAUUUUAUCUUCAUUUUGUCAAGGAUUUGGAAAGCAUUAUUUUUCUAGCGGGAAGAAACUGAUAUCUACAUCGUGGACGCAUCUUAGCUGCCAGCAACUGCAGCCGUCAUUUAACGAUGAGUACUUUGUACUUGGUCCUAAAAAAGGAAUUGAAAUCAAGGAUAUUGGUUAUUGUAUUGAUGAUGGAUUUGAAGGCGGUGGAUGCUUGAAGAUUGAAGGGGAUGUUAAUACAAGAAUACAAGGCUCAAGAGCUAUAUUCAGGCUUUUCAGAUGUGGCUGCCAUCUAGACUCUCCUAUCAUUGUGAGUUUUACAUUCAAAGUAAAAUAUUACAACGAUCUUCAAGUUUAUCUUCUGCUGCUUCUUGAGGGCAAGCCGAAUUACACCGUUCUAGCACCUUUAGGCCAAGAAAGAAAAGCUGAGAAGCAGAAUGAAAUAAUGAUUGGUAACCAUGAAUUCAAUGCUUCUCGUCAAGUCGAUAGUUCAAGUUGUGAUUUUCCUGUGGGCGAAUCAGGAAAUUAUAUGAUACUGCAGCCCUUGCAUGGCAAAGAGGAAGAAACCAUGAACGUGAUUUUAGGAAGAAAUAAUGUCAACUGGAAGACAAGGUAUUACUUAAUUUCCGAGAAAAAUGCAAGGAUAUUGAAAGAAAUUCGACUUGCAUGCACGGCUACAUCUUCAGUUGGCGAGAAAAUUUCACCGUUCUCAUUGCUCUUAGGGGAGGUUCGGGUGCAUGCCGUUCAAGAUCUGGUGCCUGAGUUCCCUGUGAUUAAUAAUAUGCGGUUCCGGGACUCUUUAGUUGAAGACAAAGACGACCAUUUUGUCUUAAGCACAACGAUCAUGUGGGAUUGCCUUGCAAGGGGUGCCUGUCAAGCAGUGAUCAGCAAUUACAAUGUUUUCUGGGAUGAUCUUUCACGGGAAAGGUAUGAAGAAGAUGAACUGGGGAUAUUUCUUGGCAAAGCAUUUGUCCAGUCAUUCAGAGCGACUCGAUUUGAUAUCCCUAAAACGACUCGUAAGAACAUUAUAUUCUAUGUCCAGCCUGUUACUGAUUGUUGCAUAAAAGCACCCAAAGAUGAAUGUGGUGCUGUGAUGUUACAAUGGUAAAAUUGAGAUUUUCGCACAAUGCCGCAAGGACUUCUCAACUGGGUCAUAUUGGAUGUUCUCAGAGAGUCUUAUGUCAAAUUUAGCCCUGAUCACGCGUUAUCGGGUUGAUUUAAAAUAUUCUACGUUUUAAACGCUCCUGCUCUGUCCCUUACUGCAAGAUGUCUGUUACCACCGUCCGUCCGACUCCGAUUUGUCCAUUGAAAAGAAGAGUUUGAAGUGGGAUAAAUCCACUGCAACUUUACUGCCCCCCCCCGCACCAUCAGAGCGAAUUGAGUUUCACCAUGCGAAAUCGGAGUCUGCUAUGAAACGCAAAUUCCAACUUGAACGCAAGGUGAAUUUAUCCUGUGUGGAAUUAAUCUGGUGGGAGACAAAUCCACUACAAAAUUAAUCCGCUAUGAGACGGAUAUAAUGCGAUAGAUUCCGAUUCGACAUGGGUCCGGUGUGAGAUUAAUCUGGCGCCAUACAAUCUGCUGUAAGAUGGAUCCGAUGCGCAAUGAAUCCGGUUCAAAUUUAAUGCGAUGCGAAGUGAGUCUAGUACACGCUGCUGGAUCUCUGCGAAAUGAUUCUGGUGCGAAAUUAAUCCGAUUUGAAACGAGUCUGGUGUGAAAUGAAUCUGGUGCGAGACAAAUCGGCUGUAAAAUGGAUCUGAUGCCCAAUGAAUCCGGUUCGAAUUAAAUGCGAUGCGAAAUGAAUCUGGUACAAGCGGGAUCUCUGCGGAAUGAAUCUGAUGCGAAAUUAAUCCGAAUUUAAAUGAAUCUGGUGCGAGAUAAAUCCUUUUUCGUGUGAACAGAGAAUAAUUCACUUGUGUUCAGGACAAACAAUAGUUUCAAAUUCUCCUGGCCAGCUGAUUUUAAACGAGAUGUUGUUUUUCCUACCUCUGCUUUUUAGUGGUAUAAAAAUUAGAAAUUGCUUUGAAAAAAGGCAAGCAUUUUGAAGCAUACUAAGGCUUUUCGUCUUACAUUUUUCAGUGUGUAAAACGUAAAAACAUCCUGAGUCUUAAAGUCUCUUCUUUAGAAUUUUCGAUGUGUACUUCUUACGUUUAAGAGUGUUCGAAAAAAUUGUUCGUAUGUUUCAAGAUUUUUGUUUUUUCAAAGCCAUUUUUCCAUACUUGAAGAUCCAAUAGAAUUGGUAGCUUUCCCAGACUUUAAAAUUUUCGUUAUCAUAGAUAGUUUUUUUAGUACAAUUUGAUAUUUAACAAGUAGACUACUCUUUGGAUAUAAUUUUUCAUCCAAACAUGGCGGGAAAUUUUUGUAAAAAAUAAUGAUUUAAUGGUAAUGUUUGAAAAUAUUGAGAAUGAAUUUUUAUAAAGAAGAAAUAGGUCUUUUUAUUGAAAAUUGAAUGGCAAUCUAUUAACAUCACGUUCAACAAGUACUGGGACACCUUUGAUAAAAGAUUGAUAGCGUUGCGCUGGAUUUCUUUUUGCAACAGAAACAUGCUCAGAUAUGAGCUGUCUUUUCUGGAAAUAGACCAAGCCUUUGUAUCCCCAAAAUGUGGUUAAAGUCGAAAAACGAUUUUUGGGCUAGACUGCAGUUUUAGGGACUCACUUUUUGUUCCCUGUUCGAAAGUUGAAUUGAAUCGCUACUAUCUAGCAACGAUGAUGCGAGCAACAAUGAGAAUGAAGAUUUGAAGAAACGAAGACAUUCAUUCAUAAUUUGAUAUGAAAUAACAUUAAUAAAUUGACGAUGGAUUAAGGGGGGUUUGGGGGCAAUACCCCCCAAGACAGCAAACAGAAUCAAAGAACGAAGCCAUCAAAACUGAUUUUGAAAAUGGCGUAUAGCUGCAAUUAUGCGAGAAUGAAUUCUUAACUGGCUGAACUUCUGAAAUUCGAACUUUCUAUUCUUUCAGAAGCCAGGCUAAAUCGAAAGGUUUGUAAUUCAAUUCAACUUCCGACCAGGGAACAUGAAAGCAUAGGAUUCGACGACAUGAUAUCUAGUAAUGGUUAAACAAACCUAUCAUAUAACAGUUCUCUCAUAAAAAACUUUGGUCAGCCAAAAAUGGAUAACAUUUGACAAUAACUUUGCCCAUAAUUUUUGCAGAAAGCAAUUAACAAGCAUCUCUUAUAGCUUAGCCUUUUCUUGAAGUGAAUUUUUUCAAAACUCAUGUCCCACACUGUAAGGGUAUCAUUCUGCAUCGAACACUCGAACCUCAAAAUUGAUCACACAAGACUUUAAAUGUUGAUCUGUGAAAAGAAGAGUUGAAAAAAGGUUUGAAUAAAGUCUUGACCUAAUGGAGUAUGAUUUAAAACGAAAAAUGGCGGCCAACAAGUUGUCAAUUUUUCGCGGAAAUAGUUGUUUUUCGGACGAAAAUAAUUUUGUCUAAAAUCUGUUUUCUACAUUCUAUUUGAUGCGAAGAAAGUUUUGAAUCCAGUCUUCACCUAAUAGAAUAAGGUUUAACACAAAAAAUUGGGCCUAACAAGUUGUCGCUUUUUUUGUGAAAAAGUAAGGCUAUAGGCUUGCCAAAAUUACUAAUUUUUGACCGAAAAUAAUUUUGUCUAAAAACUGUUUUUCUACAUUCUAUUUGAUGCGAACAAAGUUUUCAAUCAAGUCUUCACCUAAUAGAAUGUGGUUUAACACAAAAAAUUGGGCCUAACA